AUGGCCAAUGCCAUAAUUCUCUCUCACGUUAGUUCCGUCUUUCACGACGCCGCCACUUUUGGCUACUAUACUACCCAUGACAGUCUCGUGGCCCUUGGCGAUGUUGUUGCCCACGGCAAGACUACAACGACCCAUGACUCAUCCACCUUCCUCGGCUAUCCCAGUGUUAUCAUCAUAACCGAGCUGAUCCUAAGGCAGGUGAGGCCACACCUUCCUAUACCUCCACGUACCACAACAAUGGUACCCGUUCAUGCUUCCUUAGAGCCCUUAGCUCACACGCAUCUCGAUGUUACCCCAGCUGCUCCUACUGAUCCAAAGAAUCACGUAGAUCUCAAUCGCAAGGUUGACACGUUAACCAAAAGGUUUGAGGACCAAAACAAAUUGGUUGGUCAACUCCUUGACCAAAUUGACUUGAUCCGAGACUUUGUAUUUAGACCGAUUAGUGAGGAAAUAGGGAUGGACAAAUGCAUUAGUGAGUAUCGUGCCGGAGGUGGCAAGUGA